UGCAGCAAGGGAAGCUGUGGCAAAAAUGGCAGCGCACAGGUACGGUUUGUCUCUAGUAUUCAUUUUGAUUUUUUCCUUGUUAGCUCACCCCAGUAGUUGUGACACGCUUGAAAAAGCAAACGAUAAUACAGGAGAAAAACAGAGCGUUUCAGACGCGCCGCAGGAGGUUAAUACUGAUGGCAGUGCCGCUGUGGAAGAUCUGAAUGAAAGGCAAUGGCAGUCGACUGAUGUUGAGGUGGACAGAAGCGAUGGCACGAAAGACAGCGAGACUUUCACACCAGCAGCAGCGAAAGAUCAGUUUCAGGAGGAGCUGGUCAUCCGGCCCCUGCACUCCGGAGACAUUUAUGCCAGCUUCCAGUUCCGCACACUGUGGGAUAUUGACUUCCUGCAAGAGGGGCAGAAGGUUUCUCAUUACCGGCUGUUCCCUAAAUCCCUCGGCCAAGUGCUCUCCAAGUUUUCAGUAAGGGAGCUGCACAUCUCCUUCACCCAGGGCUUCUGGAGGACCAUGCAGUGGGGGCAGCCCUUCAUCCCCUCUCCACCUGGAGCAGAGCUCUGGGUGUGGUUCCAUGACACAGUGAGCGAUGUGGAUGGAAACUGGAAGGAACUUACCAACGUUCUCUCUGGAAUCUUCUGUGCAUCUCUGAACUUCAUUGACCUGACAAACACUGUACAGCCAAGUGCUUCUUUUAAACCGCUGGGUCUGGGAAAUGUUACAGAUCACCGUUUCUUACGUUACGCGACGCUACCACGUGAAAUCGUCUGCACUGAGAAUCUCACACCCUGGAAGAAGCUUCUCCCUUGUGGUUCUAAGGCAGGUCUGGCGGUUCUCAUGAAGUCUGAGAAGCUGUUUCACAGCAGUUUCCAUUCACAGGCUGUUCACAUCAGACCCGUCUGUCAGGAUGAGCAAUGCACAAGUAAAGCGUGGGAGCUGAGACAAACUCUCAAUGUUGUGUUUGAUCUCUACACUUCAGGCCAAGGCAAAAAGGAAUGGUCUUUGUUCAAGAUGUUUUCUCGAACCCUGACAGAGGCUUGUCCUCUUGCGACCUCUAGUAAGAUCUAUGUGGACAUCACAGACAACCCUGAGGGGGAGCUGUUUGAGUUGACUCCUGCUACUCCUCUGCUCAGUCAAGCUGUGGUGUUGGGGGACCGCAGGACAUAUUCAGUGUAUGACCUGACCAGAGCUGAGACGUUUGGCCAGUUACGUUCACUAAAUCUUCUUCUGCGCUGGAAAGGAGACAGUGGUGAUAUGCUGCGUCCUCUGCUGCAUGCAGAACGCUAUGUGGCUGGUUUUGGGCUGCAGACAGGGGAAAUCCACACCGUCAUCUAUAAUAACCACCCAUAUCGGGCUUUUCCUGUACUGCUGAUGGAUUCAGUACCCUGGUACCUGCAGCUGUACAUUCACACCCUGACAGUCACCAGCAAGUCCCGUGAUAACAAGCCCAGUUACAUUCACUACCAGCCUGCUAAAGACCGUCAUCGUCCUCAUCUACUGGAGAUGCUGAUCCAGUUACCCCCUCACUCUAUGACAGAAGUCACUGUACAGUUUGAAAGAGCCCUGCUCAAAUGGACUGAGUACACACCUGAUCCCAACCACGGCUUCUACGUUGGAUCCUCUGUGGUCAGCGCCCUUGUGCCAAGUAUGGUUGCAAUGAACACCAACUUCACACUAGAACAACCAUUGUUUAGCAGUUUCGUCCCAGUCAAAGAAGAAUCAAGCUACUUCGUUCGAGUGUAUACCGAACCACUGCUGGUGAAUCUACCCACACCUGACUUCAGCAUGCCCUACAACGUCAUCUGCCUCACCUGCACGGUGGUCGCGGUGGGCUACGGCUCCUUUUACAACUUGCUGACCCGCACCUUCCAGGUGGAUGAACCGAGCCCACCGCUGGCGAAACGAUUGGCCAACUUCAUCCGUCGCAUAAGGGGAGUGCCACUGCUGACCUAAACUGCUGAGAGCAGGUCUGACGCCUGAAAUGCCCAUAUUAGGCAGCGGAGAGGAUCGUGAUGCUUAAACGGCAGCUACUGGAGUUUCAAGAUGCUUUUCAGCCCUGGAAGAACUUGGUGCCAAGUGACUGUUCUGGACUUCUGUUGAACAAAUGAGCUACCAAAAUGGAUUAGCCUACCUUUUUAUGUUUUGUUUGUGUUUUGUUUUGUGAGUUGCAUAAGCAAAAAUUAGCCACCUUUUUGAUUUUUUUUUUUUUUUUUUUUUUUUUUUUGUUUUUUGUUUUCUGAGUCACAUAAGCAAAGAUUAGCCAGUUAUUUGCUUUUUGUUUUGCUUUCUGUUUUCUCAGUCACAUAAGCAAAUAUUAGUACAAAUAUUAAUAUUUUUUCUUUUUCACUUUGUUGUUUUGUUCUCUAAGUCACAGCAAAUAUUAGCCACUGUUUUGCUUUUUGAUAUUUGUUUUGUUUGUUUUCUGAGUCACAUAAGCAAAGAUUAGCCACAUUCUUGUUUUGUUUUGCUUUGUUUUUUGUUUUCUGAGUCACAUAAGCAAAGAUUA